GCUUUCCUCUUUCAUGUGGAUCCCCCCUCACAUGCUUUAGUAUAAUUUCCCUCCGCUACCACUGCCUGUUCCUAUAGUCUGCAUAAGGAUCAGAGUUCUGACAGACAGCAGCACUGUGCUGGGAUUACAAUCUGGAAUUAAUAUAUCUGAAGAUAUCUGAGUGAACAAGGACACAAUGCAAGUCCGUCAUGCGGUUUUCCUCUUCCUCAUGUGUCUGGUCUAUAUUAAUGCCAAGAAGAUGCGCUGGUGCACGGUGUCGGACCCGGAGCAGAGGAAGUGUGCAGAGCUCGCCAAAGCCCUGGUGGCCGUGCUGCCCCCCGCCGCCGUGGCCGCCUUCGCCAGGCUGUCCUGCGUCCGGGCCUACAGCACGGCCGACUGCAUCGACAAGAUCAGGGCAAACCGCGCAGACAUCGUGACGCUGGACUCCGGGGAAGUUUACUCUGCAGUGAAGCAGUUCGGCCUCGUCGCCAUCGCCAAGGAGAUAUACAGCGACGGAGGGUGCAUCAUGGCGGUGGCGGUGGUGAAGAACAGCUCCCUGGACGUGCGGUCGCUGAGGGGCGUGCGGAGCUGCCACAGCGGGGUGCGCUGGACGGCAGGAUGGAGCCUUCCUCUCGGCUUUCUGCUCUCCCGCAACUACCUGACCUGGACCAAGGAGCAGCCGCUUAGCAACGAUGUGAGUACCUUCUUCGGUGCCAGUUGUGUUCCCGGCGCCGCCACGCUGGCGCCCUCGCUGUGCGCCGCGUGCCGAGGCCAGAAGUCGUACAUCCGGCAACGCAACUACCACUGUGAGACGUCGCACAACGAGCCCUACUACAGCAACCACGGGGCGCUCAGAUGUCUCCAGAGCGGGGCGGGCGACGUAGCCUUUGUGGAUCACCUGGCUCUGGAGAGCAUCGAAGAGAGCCAGAGGGAGGAGUUCAGCUUGCUGUGCACAGAUGGGAGCCGUGCUCCUCUCAGCCACUUUGCCAAGUGCAACUUGGGCCGCGGUCCAGGUGGGGCCAUGGUCACCAGACUAAACUACCGCAAGAUUGCACGCAAAUUCCUGACCACAGUUCAGAUGUUGUUUGGCCAGCGGGGCAGAGAGAGGAGCCACUUCCCGCUCUUCAACUCCUCGGCCUUCGGGGAGCGUGACCUGCUGUUCACGGACGUGACGGAGAAGCUGGCCAUGCUGCCGGACGGCAUGGACGUCAGCCAGGUGCUGGGCCUGGACUACGUGGCCCUGCUCAAGGGCCUCGGACACGAGGGAAGCUCAUUGGAGGACAGCGUUGUGCGUUGGUGUUGCAUCAGCCUUGCAGAGCAGAAGAAGUGUGAGCAGUGGGCCCUCAGCAUCAAGUCGGACCCCCUGGUGUGCGUCAAGGCCGCCUCCAUGAGCGACUGCGUGGAGAAGAUCAAGAGGGACGAGGUGGACGCCGUCUCGCUGGACGCCACGCAUUCGUUCAUCGCCGGGAAAUGUGGUCUGGUUCCGGUAGUGACCGAGUAUUAUGGACGCAAAUGUGUUUUGACCGAAGGGACAACCCACUUGGAGACGGACGUGUUCCCCCCCGUGGUGGCGGUUGCCGUGGUGAAGCGCGCCACCAGGAACAUCUUCAUGGGGAACCUGGCGGGCCGGCGCUCCUGUCACGGUCAUAUGUACAGUCCGGCCGGCUGGCUCCUCCCCCACACACACAACAUGAGCGUCGGGCACAACAACAGCUUCUCCUGCAACCCAAACAAAGCCUACAGCAGAGUGUUCUGGAAGGGCUGUCUUCCUGGCUCCCAGGGGAAUCUGUGUAAAGUGUGCAUGGGCGGCACGGGGGAGGCCGCCACCAAACGCUGCGCUGACAACCACAACGAGCGUUACUAUGGCAAUAUCGGAGCAUUGAGGUGUCUGGUGGGCGAUGUCAGUGGAAAGAGUUAUGGAGACGUGGCCUUCCUUGAGCAGGCCAACCUGGAGGCCAACAUCCUCAGUCUGAGGCUGACGGGCUGGUCAGAGGGGUGGCAGCCUGCAGACUUUGAGCUGUUGUGCCCGGACGGGAGCCGGGCUCCGCUGUCCGACUGGGAGAGCUGUAACCUGGGAGACGUCCCCCCCAACACGGUCAUGACCCGACCGGUGCUCGCGGCCCGAGUCUACGACUUCCUCAUGAAGUCACAGGAAACUCUGUCAGCCAGCGCAGACGCAGACUUCCAGCUCUUUGAGUCCCAGCAGUUUGGUGAGAGCGACCUGUUGUUCAAAGAUGUGACCCAAUGCCUCGUCCACACGAGUCACUUGGACUAUCGCACCAUCCUCGGGGAAGAGUUCUACACACACGCAGACUAUGUAUUCAACUGUACACAUUCUGAUAUUCUGGAGUUUUGUGACCAGGACGUGUGCAGCAUCUUCUAAUGGAAGGAGAAAACACCUUAUCUACCUGUCCCACUCAGUUAAAGGAACCUACAUAUAGAUAUUGGGUCAACAGAAAUGUUUGAGUGUUUUCUACAUACUAUUUUUGCAAUGGUUAGCAAUAUGGUGGCUAAGGCUUGUUUGUGAAUGGAUAAUCAAUCGAUAAUAUUGAUAAAUAUAUGCACAUUUACCAUGUCUCAAACCACAUUUUCAAAAAGAAAUCAUUUAAGUGCUCCCA